CUGGCUUGAAUGAGAGAAGUCUGUUAGGCUGAAUUAAAGAUAAAUUGGCAUAAUUUGCCUUUCUAAUGGAAUCAUAUGAUGUUAUUGCUAACCAGCCUGUUGUGAUAGACAAUGGGUCAGGUGUUAUCAAAGCUGGUUUUGCUGGUGAUCAAGUUCCAAAAUAUAUCUUCCCAAAUUAUAUUGGAAGACCCAAACAUGUGAGAGUUAUGGCAGGUGCCCUGGAAGGGGAUACAUUCCUGGGGCCUGAAGCAGAAGAACAUAGAGGAUUACUGUCUAUCAGAUAUCCUAUGGAACAUGGUAUUGUUAAAGACUGGAAUGAUAUGGAAAGAAUAUGGCAAUAUAUUUAUUCUAAAGAUCAACUACAAACAUUCUCAGAAGAGCAUCCUGUGUUAUUAACAGAAGCUCCAUUAAACCCAAAACGAAACAGAGAAAAAGCUGCGGAAAUAUUUUUUGAAACAUUUAAUGUCCCUGCUUUAUUCAUAUCAUUACAAGCUGUGUUAAGUUUGUAUGCUACAGGUAGAACAACAGGUGUGGUACUAGAUGCUGGAGAUGGGGUAACUCAUGCUGUACCUAUCUAUGAAGGUUUUGCUAUGCCUCACAGUAUAAUGAGAGUAGAUAUUGCUGGUCGUGAUGUCUCCAGAUAUCUUCGUCUUCUUCUCCGUAAAGAAGGUUUCGACUUCCAUACUACAGCUGAAUUUGAAGUUGUUAAAACUAUUAAAGAAAAAAUGUGUUAUCUAGCAUUAAAUCCAUUAAAAGAAGAAAGUAUAGAUACUGAUAAAGCUCAGUAUAGUUUACCUGAUGGUAAUACCAUUUUAGUCGGACCAGCCCGUUUCCAGGCCCCAGAGUUACUAUUCCGACCUGAUUUAAUAGGAGAGGAAUGCCAGGGAAUACAUGAAGUAUUGGCCUAUUCUAUACAGAAAUCAGACAUGGAUUUACGUAGAACAUUAUUUAGUAAUAUAGUUUUAUCAGGUGGCUCUACAUUAUUUAAAGGUUUUGGUGACAGAUUAUUGAGUGAAGUAAAGAAAUUAGCACCUAAAGAUAUAAAAAUUAGAAUUUCAGCACCUCAAGAAAGAUUAUACUCUACGUGGAUAGGAGGCUCUAUUUUAGCAUCAUUAGAUACCUUUAAAAAGAUGUGGAUAUCGAAACGGGAAUAUAAUGAAGAGGGGGUGAAAGCUCUACAUAGAAAAACAUUCUAGUGAACUAUCUAGCUAUUUAAUCUAUUAUUAUUAUUAUUAUGUGGUUCAUGGGCAAUGUUUUAAUACUCUUCAUUCUCUAAUAUGGCUGAAUCAUUAUUCAUAGAUUGGUUACAGCACCAGGGUCAAAGGUCAUUUGUCUCUGGAUACUUUGAUUCUGCCUGUUGGUAUCAUCUUGCUAUAUUAAAACAUGUCUUCUAUGUACAAGAAAUCUUUGCUACUCUUCAUUUGGAGGACUUACAGAACACCUUAUAUAUGCAUUGCCCCCUAUGAAUUAUAGCUAAUAGAGGGAAUGGUGCCAUGAUUUAGCCAUAGAAUAGGGUUAUUGUCUAUAUGACCAUGAUAUUGCCCUGAAACUCAUUCAGUAUAAUUCCUAGCUUCAUCUUUUCAUUCUUUAUUAUGGUAAAUCUGCAGAAAAUCUGGCCCAGUUGGGAUUAAUUGAACUUGCCUACAGAUACCACCUGAUAGUUUUGCAGAUUAUUACUCAAGACCGAAUAGUGAUAAUGAUCCUAGUCUAUAUUUUGAUAUGAAGAUAUGUGACCUCACUGAAGAUCUUUUUUGACUGCAAUGCUUCAUCAGAGUUCUGAUCAGAGAUAUCUUGCCUCAAGUCUUUCUUGGCUGUUCCAUUUACUCCCUACGAAACUGAUAUUAAAGGACUGUAGAUUUAUCAUAUUAAAGAUAAUUUAUUAUGUUUCUAUUUGUACAUCAUGUUUUUCACUAGAACGCUGCCAUUAAUUUGAACAACCUUGUGUUUAUGUUGAUAUAUUUUUAGGUUUUUAGCUCAAUUUAAGAUCUGGCUAGGGGUAUAUAAUGUAUUCUGUAUGUAAAAGUAUAAGCUACUCUGCCAGUUAUAUACAGUAAUUAUUACUAUACUAUUUGUAGUUAUGUUUUGUAGUUUAUAUUUUUGUGCUUUAGUCAUAAUAUUGGUGCUUCAUGAUUUUGUCAAUACUCAAAAUAUUCCUGCAAUGC